AAAACUAAUAUUCUGGUGGCUAUUACAAAAAAAAAAAUAGUUUUACGUGUGUUGUGAAAAUACAUUAAAGUAAGAUGAAUUCAGGUUUAGGCUUGCGUCAGGUACGGUCGCUUGCAGAUCUGACUUCAACGGAGACCGGUCAGGAUAGCAGACAGCGGUCAGCGUCCAGUGUGAAUAUUUUAAACCACGAACCGGUUUCAGUGAGUAAUUCCGGAAAUGGAGACGUUCUACAGAAAAGUUUCGGUCCCAAUUUGGAACUUUUAGCCGCGAAGAUAUCCCAAGCGGAGAUAAAUAAGCGCAGACGAGACAUGGAGAGACAGUUUGGUGGAUAUUAUAAGGAUAACUUAACACCCAAUCAAGGCAGAGUGGAUGCAUCACGUGAUAUCUACCCCCCGUCCAGGGACGAAGGAUCACGCCACUACCCCCCGUCCAGGGACGAAGGAUCACGCAACUACCCAGCGUCCAACGGCUCUCACGGGGAUUUUGGUAUUGUCAUCAGCACGUUGAACUCCCGAGAUUCCAUGUCCCCACCCCCAAGACUGUACGGACCCUCCUCUGGAAGAACAUCCGGUAGAGUGACCCCAGCCCCCACCAUAGAGUUCUACACAGGCGCCGCUUCAAGAAACCCUCCAUCCGAUUACCAUGACAACAGGGAUUUGGAUCACGCCAGAGCACCACGUGAUAAUCCAGCGGGGUAUGAUUUGCCUCGUAUUCGGGUGAAUUCACUUCACUCGAUGCGCACAAGCCCUAUCGCGCAUCAGAAUAUUCUCUCCACACCACAGGUUAAAAAGCCCGUGGCCAAAUACAGCUCAAUGCCCAUUUUGGAUCAUCUCCAAGAUUUAACCGAUAACGAAGGCGAUGUUCGAACGCGACACGCCUCUACACACACAGACCACAGGAACGACCCGACCAGGCGCUCCGUCAACUCAGCCGUGCCUACACGCCCGGGCGUCGCCGAGGAUUCUCUACGUCACACUGCAGACGAUUCUACAACUCUACACCAAACAGCUGAGGAUGUUGUGGGCGGGGGCAACCGGAUUUCAAACCCUAGUUCAAAGACAAGCUCUGGCUACGUGACGCCGAGCCACGCGCCUGUGGUGACGCCGAGUCACGACGCUGCCGUGACGCCGAGUCACGAGGAAACCCCGCCGGGCCGCAGGAUGGAGCCAGAGAGCGCGUCGUCAGUCAGCGACAUCCGGAACAAGCUGAACAAUUUAUUCUCCAGGCAGCUCGGGAACACCGGACACGGCAAGGCGCCGGCAGUUCCAGAGAAGCCAAAAGUCUCAGCCGCGUCACGGAUAUCAUCACUGGCGGCGUUGGAUCUGCAAGACACGCCCACUUCAAGGGGCCAUCAGGCCAUAGGACACAGUGAACACAGCGCGUUUAACAUACCCAGUCAAACGGUACCAGGAUUUCACGUCCCCGAACAUACGGGCCCAGCGUUUAACGUAUCCGACCAAACGGCUUCAGCGUUUAACGUCCCCGGUCAUCCGGCUCCGGCGUAUAACGUCACCGGUCAUCCGGCUCCGGCGUAUAACGUCCCCGGCAACACAGCUCCGGCGUUUAACGUCCCCGGUCAUUCGGCUCCGGCGUAUAACGUCUCCGGCAACACAGAUCCGGCGUAUAACGUCCCCGGCAACACAGCUCCGGCGUUUAACGUCCCCGGUCAUCCGGCUCCGGCGUUUAACGUCCCCGGCAACACAGCUCCGGCGUUUAACGUCUCCGGCAACACAGCUCCGGCGUUUAACGUCCCCGGCAACACAGAUCCUGUGUUUAACGUCCCCAAUCAUCCGGCUCCGGCGUUUAACGUCCCCGGCCUCACUGCUCCAAAUAUUUCCGUGAACUCUGACCUGCGUUCGUCCCAGCAGACUUUGAGCAGUGUGUACAACAAUGAGCUGCAGGUGCCGCUCACCAUGACCAAGGCCGUGUCCAUGAACGACAUCUCCAGGACUGUACCGGUCAUCAACGUCACCAAAGAGACACGACCCACUAAGCAUGGGGCCAGCAAAGACUCCGAUGAUCCUGACCCAGAUUACUCUGACUCCGAGUCAGGCAUAUCAUACGACAUGUCCAGCAACUUCCUGAAGAAAAACAAGGAUGACGCCGAGUCAGUGGCCAAGACUGAUGACGAAAAUGUUGAGGAGCAUGAGGAGGAGGACGACCCCACCUGGCGACCGUACGACAUCUUCACGGUGUCCGAACGAGAGGCCGAAGACGACAACAAGGUGUUUAAGGAAAUUCUCAAGGUCAUCAGGGGGUCACUGUACAUCCUCAUCGUCCUAAUCAUGCUGGUGGGGACCGUGUCCAGCCGUGUCUCGCUCUUCCUGCUGGCUAGUGAUAUCAGUCAGACCAAAGAAUCUCGAGGAAAGAGCGUGGUCCUCAUCAUGUUCUGUAUUUGUGCUCCCAUUGUCUUCAACUGGUUGAAUGCCUUCAUGAAAAUACUUUUUGGCGGGAAAGAAUGGCCGUCCAUCAAAACAUUUGCUGUGAUGCUGUUCUUUGAGCUGGUCACGACCUUUGGGAUGUGUCUGCUGGUCUUUAAGAUCCUGCCGUCUGUCGAUUUCUUCCGGGGCAUCACCGUGACCUUUGCCAUGUUCCAGAUACCCAGCAUCCUCCAGGUGAUGAUGAUGGACAAGAAACUGACCUGUGGCUUUAAGUCUAUGGUCAAGAUGAUCUGCUCCGUCCUGGCCAUGUUGAUGCAGGUGGGGGCCCUGGUCUACUUCAUGCUGAUGGACUUCUCUACGGAGAAGUACGGCAAGACAAUGUCAGGGCAUGACUACUCCAACGAGCACCAAGUUGAACAGACCCUCCUGCACAAUUUUGUUUGGGAAUUCCCCGUGGCCUUAAUUCUGGUCUCCCUGGGUUGGUGGGAGAACUACGUGUCCAGCGACUGGUCACUCUUCGGCCGGGUCAACAUCUCCUUCAAGCACUGGCGACACCUGCUGCAGCAAACUCGGGAAACAAGCUACUUUCUGAUUGGCCCGUUUAAAAUAGCCUUGGUGGUACUUCUGGGCAAGUAUUUGGCUGAUGCAGACUUUUCUCUGCCGUCUUGGAGCAAAAGUACAAAGAAAACGGAAGCGGAGUUCCACGCCAUCAACUACAGCUUGAUGUACAUCACCAUUGGCUCGGCCAUAUUUUGCACCUACCUGUCUGGACUGGCCUGUAAGCUACACAUGCAGAAGGCGGCAUUCGCUUUUCCUUUGAUCCUGUCCCCACCCGCCUCUCUAGUACUGGUCUACCUCCAGUGCCGAUACGAGUUUCUACCUGUCACCUGGCACACUGGAGUCUGGUACUGCCCCAACAUGCAGAUAGAGAACUUAAUCCAACCAAUCGCAGUUGCCGGCGCUCUCUGGCUCUCUUACUGUAUCAUCGUCUCUCACAUCUGGUUCCCGAAGAGUGAGCGGAUGGCCAAAAUAGAAAAGUUGUUUUUAACGCCCCAUUUUAACGCCAUCUUCACCGACUUCAACCUAACCCUACGCCGACGCCGCAACGACCAGGAACUGCGCGCCACCAGGUUCGAACACUUCACCUACAUGGGCGACGACGCCGGCGACCACGUGACGCCCGAGGGCUACGUCCUACCCGAGGACAACAACGUCACGCCGACCAUCUACGUGUGCGCCACCAUGUGGCACGAGACGAAGCGAGAGAUGACCCAGUUGUUGAAGUCUCUCUUCAGGCUGGACUACAGCCACUGUGCCAGUAAACUCGCCCAGGCCAAGUUCAACAUCCGGGACCCUGACUACUUCGAUAUGGAGAUUCACAUAAUAUUUGACGACGCCUUUGAUAUCGACCUGGAUAAAAACAAGUUUGUGAUCAACCAGUUUGUCAAACAGUUUGUCGACUGUAUGGAAGACGCCGCCAGGUCAGUGGUUAAAGGUUACAUCAUCAUCCCGUCUCCUGUCAAGGUCGUGACCCCGUAUGGAGGUCGCCUGAUCUGGACUAUGCCUGGACAAACAAAGAUGGUGGUUCACCUGAAGGACAAAAUGAAAAUCAGACACAGGAAAAGAUGGUCACAGGUCAUGUACCUGUACUACCUGCUGGGCUUCAGACUUCUGGGGGUCGGGGACGGCAGCGACGUGCCGGAGGAGCACCCCAGGGGUCAUGGGUCAAGUGUCAGGCACCGCAAGAAACCCAGGAGGGACAAGAAGAAGAGGAAGAACAUGCCGCUCAAAAACUUGCUGAUGAGGGUCCCACCUGAGGAGUAUGAGCAGAUUAUCGAAACCUCCGAGAACACCUUUAUCCUAACGCUGGACGGUGACGUAGACUUCAAGCCGGACUCCGUCAAGCUGUUGAUUGACCGCAUGAAGAAGAACAAAAAAGUCGGGGCCGUCUGUGGUAGGAUUCAUCCCAUUGGUUCAGGUCCCAUGGUGUGGUACCAACAGUUCGAGUACGCCAUUGGUCACUGGCUGCAGAAAGCCGCGGAGCACGUGUUUGGGUGUGUCCUGUGCUGCCCCGGAUGCUUCAGUCUGUUCCGGGGGUCGGCCAUCAUGGACGACAACGUCAUGAAGAUGUACACGACCAAACCUACAGAGGCCCGGCACUUCAUCCAGUUCGAGCAAGGCGAAGAUCGCUGGCUCUGCACGCUACUUCUCCAACAAGGUCACCGAAUCGACUACAGCGCCGGAGCAGAUGCCUUGACCUUUGCCCCUGAAACCUUCAACGAAUUCUUCAACCAAAGACGUCGGUGGUCACCGUCCACACUGGCCAACAUGAUGGACCUGCUGGCGUCGUGGAGGGACACGGUUCGAGUCAACGACAACAUCAGUAGGAUAUACGUUCUGUAUCAGUUCACCCUAAUGGCGUCCUCUAUCCUGGCACCGUCCACUGUAAUCCUGAUGAUCACCAGCUCCUACCACACUGUACUGGGACUCAGCAACUGGUGGUCCUAUGUGCUGUCUGUCAUACCUGUGGCUAUCUACGUGGCCGUCUGCCUCACACAGAAGACAGACAUUCAGGUGAAGGUUGGCGCGGUGCUGACCGCCAUCUACACGGUGGUGAUGAUGAUUGCCACAGUCGGCACCAUCAUCUCCAUCGCCACCGAAAACUUCAGCAGCCCCAACGUCGUCUUUCUCAGCGGCCUCGGUAUCAUUUUCAUCAUGGCCGCCGUUCUCCACCCGCAGGAGAUUUACUGUCUGGUCUUUGGUGCCAUUUACUUCCUGGUGGUGCCCUCCACGUUCAUUCUCCUGACGAUAUUCUACCUGUGUAACCUGAACAACGUUUCCUGGGGAACCAGAGAGGUGCCUAAGAAAAUGACGAAGGAGGAAGAAGAAGCUUUAAAACAAGCGGAGGAAGAAAAACGGAAGAAGAAAAAAUCGUGGAAUAUUUUCACCACCAUAGGGUUAAUGAAUGUCGUCACUGAACUCAGGGAUGUGUUACGAAGCGUGUGGGGGUUAAGGAACGAGUUGCAGAACUCCCAGAAUGCACCGAACCAAACCGACCUACAAAACCAGAUGAGAAGCGAUCCAAAAGAAACAAAUUCCGAGCCUGUCAAGCCUAAAAAAGUUGAGAAAGAAAUUACCGGUUAUGAACCGGAUCCGGAUAAUCCGUAUUGGUUACAGCUUGAAGGAAUCGGAAACGGUCCGGUUGAAUGUCUUCCGGAUUCGGAAAUCGAUUUCUGGAAGUUUUUGAUUAAAAAAUACCUGCACCCAAUCGAGGAGAAUAAGGAAGAGAAACAAAAAAUAGCGAGCGACCUGCUAGAGGCACGGAACAAUGUUGUGUUUAUUUUCAUCAUGCUCAACUUUCUCUGGACAGUUAUCUCCCUGCAGCUUCAGUCCUCAGAGGACGUCCUUAAGGACUAUUACAUCAUCAAGAAAUACGAGCCAAUGUCCUUGGUGUUCUUGGCUGUGUUCGCUAUUGUCAUGGUUAUACAGUUUGUGGGGAUGAUCAUGCACAGGUGGGGCACGUUCCUGCACCUCAUGUCUAGCACGCGCAUCGACUGGUUCAGCGGUGCUCACUCAGAGGAGGACUUCGCCAGGUUUGUUGUGCAGGAGAUACAGAAGCACCAAAACCUGGAGCCAGUGCCAGACUAUGGAGAGUCUGAGGACGAGGACAUGAGCAGUCUGACCACGGACGUGGCCAAUACACCUGACUACGACCUGGAUGAUGAGCUGUCCAUGGGCGCCAGCACACGCACUAGCUACAACAACCAGAUGGUGUGGCCGAGGAACUGGAACCACCGGCCAUCCCACCCGGGCCACUUCCCUCGCCUGGAGAACAUCCUCGACCACAAGCUCGGCCGUCUGCAGCAGCAGCUGAGUCACGUGGGCAGGUCACAACGAGGCCACACCAACGCGGUGUCGCGUCAGUUCAGCAAGCGUGACGCGCGCGGGUUCGGGGGCUGGAGUCAUCGUGACGCCACCAUGCGUCAGAAAUUUUUACAGCAGAAUUUCCAGUUUCCUCAGCAUUCAGGACAGGACAGACUAACCCGGGUGUCGGUCAUGUGACCUGUAUCUCAAAGCUCAUUGGUCGUUUCAGUUUUAGCAUAUUGUUAUACCGGUUACUUGGUUUAAUUAUUGUUUUGAUUUAAAAUGAAUGAAACAUAAUUUGAAUAACAACAGCCAUGUAAUCUUGUGAACGAAUUUUCUCAUGAAUGUAAUAUAAAGAUGUAUAUAAAUCUAAGAGUUUUUGUUUUUAUCUUUUUAAAACAAUGAUAUUAGCAAGUGAUUUCUUCAUUACACUUAGGAUUAUAAACUUAAGCUUUAUACACAUCCACAUACAUAAUCUUUUAACAUACACACACAGGUACACUAACAUACAUUUUUUUCAACUUUAAUUAUUAUUUUAAUUAUUAUUUCACCUUUUUAAAACAAAAAAAAUGAUUAACUGUUCAAACCACGAGCUUAUUAAAUGAUUAUGAAUGAUUAUUUAUCAUUUAAUAAACAAAAAAAACCCAUCAAUAUCCAUAAAUUUGUAAUAUUAUACGUAUAUGGAAUUAAUAUACACAUGUUUGAUAUGAGUGCUGUGUCACAACGCUGUGCAACACAUACAUUAUAUGGUGAUUUUCUCAUCCCUCUGUAUGCGGUAUCUUCUUAUGAGAUACUUUACCUGUAACUGCAAUGUUAGCUGUGUUUGUAUGUUGGUUAAGCAUGUUCUCUGUAUAUGUUGUGUUUGCUCUUUGUAUCCAAUAUAUAAAUCAUGCUUGUGAUAAUUUAUCUGCAUAUGAUGUGUUAGUGUUGUCUGGAAUAUAUAAGCCAUGUAUGUGAUAUGUUAGAUGUAUCCAGUAAUAUUUCUGUAAAUAAUAAACCGUUUAUUUAUUGAUCUAUAAAAUAUGGUGUAAUAAACAUGAUCUAUAUCAGUACCGCAUGUGGGUCGAGAUUAUUACCCCACUUUCUGGUAAUUAUUAGCGGUUUUCGGUAAUUAAAUCGUUUAUCUCUAUAAGAUUCUCUAGUCUUUAUUUUAUUCUAAUUACAUUUUUCACGUACAAUACUUUAUUUAACAAGGUCUGAUUUAGUUUUGAAUUCUUUGGCUGGUAGUUAGACCUAAAAAUAGUACAAGUUUUACCAUGCAUUUUACCGUAUAAUUUAAGUACUUUUAUUUAGUCUGCAACUUAGAUUGACAUUUAAAUUUAUUUGUUUUUUGUUUUAAAUGUAGACAUAUGAAUAAAAAUAUUGUUUUUGUUUAA